AUGCUCAAACUCAUCCUAGCUGUCCUCUCCCUCUCCACUCUCCUCGUCGAAGCGUUUGGAAUAGCUCACGCUCAUAGUUCCCCACGGCACCUCCAACAGUUUCCCGACAAGAACAAGCGAGUCUCUCGCUCGCUUGUCCGGCGUUCCCCGUCUAAACGGUGCAGAGCCAAACCAUCCUCCACUUCUACUCCAACUCCAACUCCAACUUCUACAAAGGCUGGGACGUCUACGCCUACUCCUAGCCUGAACCCAGGUAAUGGAGGCAGCAAUGGGGGUGCAGGCGUUAUAAACGUGGCCGCUGGCCCGUGCGGCAAACCCAACGGAAGCAAACAGACAACUAGCACGAAUGGUCCUAACGGUCAGGAAAGCUGGCUUAACUGCGGGAUUGACGCAUCGGGCUGGACACCACCAUCCGCAACGCCCUCCGAUCUCAUCUACGUUCCCCUAGCGCAAGCACUUCAAGACGAUCAAAGUCCUUUCAAGGCAUGCAAGGACUUCUUGCCUUACUUUAGCCAGUACGGUAAUCAGUACGGAAUCCCAGAUAUAUUAUUGGCUGCGAUUGCACUUCAAGAAUCGUCGUGCAAUCCUUUUGCGAACGCUGGUACGAUUGGUUUGAUGCAAAUUACUACUGACAAAUGCGACGCGAAUAACAUUCGUAUUGGAACGAAGUACCUUGCGGAUACGUUAGCAAAGAACAAUAAUAAUAUUAUCCUGACUGUGGGGGCGUAUAACGGGUGGUACCCUGGUAUGACCAUAUCGGAUGCCACUCAAGCAGCGAAACAGGGUCACUGCGCAUGGCAACAAAAUCUUGAUUAUCUGCAGCAAUUGUUCAAUGGAUGGCUCCAGAAUAAGGAUGCGUAUGGGCUGAACUUGGGGUCGUACUUCAAUGUGAAACAUUGUUGA